CGCGCGGGUCAGACGCUCGCGGAGGUGAUGCGGUGAUGUCAUGUGUUUGACUGUCUGAAGACGCCGGACGGGCUUUAAGCAUCUCUCAGGCAGAAAGACUCGUAUCAUCGCCUCAGCUGUGUUGAAGAUCCACCAGAACCAACACUGGAAGGAAACGGCCAUCAGCAGAGAGACAGAGGCCGUCCACGACAACGCGAGCAGAAUCUGCUGCUGGAGAACAAGCUAGAAUAAUCCACAGAGCCUGGCCUUUUGCCCUAGAGCACGAGCACAGCGGACAAACUCCUGAAAUCACUGGACUCAUCAGCAGGAGAUGGAUUUGUCCGACCGCAGCGGCACUGACCCAAGGCCGGACCUCGCUGAGGAGGAGCUCAAGACAUUCCAGAGGGUAAAGUGUCUGAACAAUGGAGGAUACGGACUGCAAAACCACCAGAUGGCGACAGACGUGGAGAAUAACAUCACAGUGAACACACAUCCACUGGAGACCACAGUGCUGAUAAUCCAGCAUGACUGGCGGGACUUCCUGCAGACACAGGAUAUCCUGGAGAAGAGAAGCCCCUCCCCUCCCUCUCUGUCCUCAGACAAGAUGAGCACGUCCAUCAGCAUGGCCACCCUAUCAGACGGCAGCACCCCCGAUUACCGGGAGGAUGGCAUGGAUCUGGGCAGCGAUACUUCCAGUCGCUCCAGCUCUGAGUCCAACUCCAACAAGGUGACGCCAUGUUCCGAGUAUAAGUCCUCUCCCAGUCUGGAGCUGGCCGGACUGGAGGACUAUGAGGAGGAUGAGGACUACCAGCAGUACAAGAAGAGAGUGCUGGUGGACUGGGAGAGGGAGUACGGUGGGAACUAUGCAGACAACCAGCAUCAGGACUUCAGCCAGACCGGAGUGUUCCAAGGCUCUGUUAACAGCCGCAGCCUGGCAGAGGAGCUCCAGAGCGUCAAAGGGCCUGCUGCCCCUCUCGCAGGUCACGCCGCCACCUCCAUGCCCCAGGAACAAAAGCAGAACGGCAACUCCAUCGUGCCCUGCGACCACCCCCUCUCGCCCUGCGAGGGUAAGACUUUAGGCAAAGCCAGCCACAGAAGUGCUGUCACAGGACAGGAAGCUGGUGAGAUUGGAGGUGGGAUCGGCCUAGGACGAUACAGAGAAGAAUGUGUAGAGGAAAGCCAACUUCCAGCCAUGGACUGGGCUGCUCUGGAAAGACACUUGGCGGGCCUUCAGUUCAGAGAGCAACAGAACCACAACCAUGGCCUGACCCGGACCAACUCCACCAAUGCCCAGAAGAAUGAGCGCGAGUCCAUCCGGCAGAAGCUGGCGCUGGGCAGUUUCUUUGACGAUGGGCCGGGCAUCUACACCAGCUGCAGCAAGAGUGGCAAACCCAGCCUGUCCUCACGGCUCCAGAGCGGAAUGAACCUGCAGAUCUGUUUCGUCAAUGACAGCGGCAGCGACAAAGACAGUGAUGCAGAUGACAGCAAGACAGAGACGAGCCUGGACACGCCGCUGUCACCCAUGAGCAAACAGAGUUCGUCCUACUCAGACAGAGACACCACGGAGGACGACUCUGAGUCUCUGGAGGACAUGGACUUCCUGAGCCGACAGAAGAAGCUGCAGGCCGAGGCCAAGCUGGCGCUCGCCAUGGCCAAACCCAUGGCCAAGAUGCAGGUGGAGGUGGAGAAGCAGAACCGUAAGAAGUCCCCUGUGGCAGACCUGCUUCCUCACAUGCCACACAUCAGUGAAUGUCUGAUGAAGAGGAGUUUGAAGCCCACUGACCUCAGAGACAUGACGCUUGGACAGCUGCAGGUCAUCGUCAACGACCUGCACUCACAGAUCGAGGGUCUGAACGAGGAGCUGGUGCAGUUGCUGCUGAUGCGGGACGAGCUUCACAUGGAGCAGGACGCCAUGUUAGUGGACAUCGAGGACUUGACCAGGCAUGCUCAGAGUCAGCAGAAACACCUGGCGGAGAAGACGCCGUCCAAAUGAAAGCCGCACACCUCCACACCAGUCAUCAGUACAGACCAGACACCUUUCCUUUGCUUCUGUGGUUCAUAACUGCUGAUGAUCGCUCACGUCCUCACGUACUAAAACUCCGAGUGAGAGUCCAGGAUGCUUGGGUCCGUGUCUGCAGAGAUGGGAGCGGGACGCACUCACGGACGUCCUGGAUACUGCCACCGGCUUCCCGUGCAGCGAUCGGCCUUCGCUUUCUCAUAGAUCCGUUCCAAUCUUUUACGUUUGCCACUAAAUUAUAACCGUCAAAACAUAAAAUGGUGUAAAAGCACCUCGUGAGAAAUUUAAUUCAAGUUUUAAAAAAAAGAAAAAGAAAGAAGACUCUUUGAACAAGCCGUGAUUUAACUGUGGAAAUGUUUCAUUUGGACAGUAUUUAAAAAAACAGACGCCUCUCUAUGGUGAUUUGUGAGUUAAAGCUUGAUUUGAAGGUGCUAAAGAGGAAACAUGCCUGCCUUGUAGUCGACUUGUAGCUUUUGGUAACGUUCACUCCGAUUGGUAUUCAACAUUUCGUGAAUGUUGAUUCUGACACGAGUCAUUUGAAUAAUAAGUGUGUUAAUAUCAUUUUCAUUCUAUUGUAUUCAGAUUCUUUAUUUGAGGGAGAUGCUUAUGUACAGAUAUGUAUAAAAUAAGAAAAAUAAAACUUGGUUUCAUAGA